UAAUUGCCCCCCGGAAGAAGCCGCACCAGGAGCAAAUUCCUCCUCUCUCGAGGGCGGUUGCGUGCUCGCGUGAAGAAGGCCGGGGCCCUAUCUCUCCGAUCGCGGUAGGGCGUUCGCAGCGCCGAUUCGAGCCGACGAUUGGCCGUCCGCGAAGGUAUACCCCUCCGAUUCGGCCCCCAGCCCUGCUUAAAUCCGCGUGGUACUCCUAUGCAUUCGGCGGUAGCGGCACUUCCUGGUACAGCCUACCCUGCGUGGGUAGUGGGUGGAUGCUCGUGGAAUUUAGGGGGAGUUGCAGGAUCGGUGCGCCCGGUUGGGGUUCUCGCUGCUGAGUCGCAGUAAUGGGGAUUUGGGGGUCGCUGUUCCCUCCUCGUCGUCUUCAUUUCGUCGAUUAGUGCGAUUUGAGUGAAACGGUACAUCGAUUCUGCGUGGGAAAGCGUGGCGGUAAUCGGUGGUGGUUCUUCAUUUCGCCUCAUAUUGUCUGAUUUGUAUUCUAGCUGUUCGCUUCAUCUCUAUCACCAAAAUCCCUGUUCUUUCUAUCAUAAAAAAGAAUACAAUCCCACAUUUCAGCCUCUUUAUGUAUUUUCAGUGAAUUGAUUUUACCCAAAUCUAUCACCAAACUCCAGUUUCUACAGACAUAGGUCAUAGGUCUGCCUUGGUUUGGCUCGGGGGCUCUUGAGUUAUGUCAUUUAGGAUAGGAAACACAACAUCAACAUCAUCAACAUAGUCUUUUAGUCCCAAGCAAGUUGAGGUAGGCUAGAGUUGAAACACAACAAGAUGUUACAAAAGAGAGAGUGAGAAAGUGGAGGGGAAAAGCUUUUUAGAGCACUAUAAGGAAAAAUGCCUAAUCACGGUUCGGGCACGUGGGUAGCUUCUUUCCAAGCACUUCUAUUCAAACACAACUUCAUUGGUAUAUUCCAUUCUUUCAAGUCCCUUUUGAUUGGCUCCUCCCAUGUCAAGUUUGGUCGACCUCUACCUCUCUCACAUUAUUGUCCAUCUUAUGGUGUCUAUAUGCACCGGUGCCUCUAGUGGUCUCCGGUGGACAUAUCCAAACCAUCUCAAUCGGUGUUGAAUAAGCUUUUCUUCAAUUGGCGCUACUCUUAGCCGAUCGCGUAUGUCAUCGUUUCUCACUCGGUCCAAUCUUGUGUGCCCACAUAUCCAACGCAACAUACGCAUAUCUGCGACACUUAGUUGUUGGCUGUACCAAAACUUGUCGUGUUAUGUUCAUGUUUGGGUGUGUCAAACAAUCCUUAGUCCCAGGUGAUCAAUAUACAUCAAUGUGUCUCCCUGUUACCAUCUGUUUUGAUCAUUGCCUCUUUUAUGACCCUUCUUUGAGUUGACCAUUCUCCAUUUUCAAAAUUAUGUUACUAUAGUUCAGUUCAUAUCUAUACCCUUCAACUGAAGUUAUCUGACUGUAUGGAUGACUAAUUAUCAUCUAGCAGUUUGAGGAAUCAUGUUUCCUGUCCCAGUUUACUUACUCUGUAGCUCAUGCAUUUUUUAACCUUCAAGUGGAAGCAUUUGGAUAUUUAGUUUUUAAUCCACAUCUGAGUGAAAUUCAUGACUGAUGAUUUUGACCUUGAAGCUUAUGAUUGAGUAAUUCUUUUCUGUAUCUCCUUUGUUGUUUAUUAGUCAGUAGAAGAAACUGGUAAAUAUGUAUCCAUAUUACAAAUCUGAAUCGCGUUUAUCUCCACUUGUCAAUCUGUGAUGCCAGGAUUUAUCAUUUCGUUGAACACACUUUCUUGUUUUGAUAUAAGCUUAAACAAGAAUAGCCAUAAUUUAGAAGCAAUAACCUAGAAUUACAUGUUACAUGCUCACAAGAAAAAUAUCAUGCACAUGACUUAUGCUAUAUCUAAGGUUUCGAACGUACCUUCUCCCUGUGGCACCCCAACAGCCAUUAAAUUAUUCAAGGUACCUUUUGAUGCUUCAAUCUGUUUUGAAAAUAUCUAAAUUCCAUUGGACAAAGAACACAUAAGUUCUACACUCGGUUUUUCUUUAGAAGCAGAAGUACUGAAUCUGUUAAAUGGUACAACACUGUUGUCCUUUGCUUUGAUGGUAAUGCAUGAAAUUCGAACACCGACAUGUCUUCUGCAUCUUCAGGUUUAGUGAGAUCUGGCCUCUGCAAUAGUCACUUCCUUGAAAGCAGAUAUAAGGAUUAUUAUAGUUGGAGUUCAAUCUUUGGGGACAUGAAUUGAUUCUGUUAUUUGUUUGACUCCAGUUUGGGGCAAUCACGGGCUUUAGGUUGGGUGAGGUAUUGUUGUUUCAAUGAAUUCAGGUACUCAGGUUAGUGAUAGUUUCAGAAUAUUGUAGUUACAUUGUGGCGGUGAGUAAGCUCUUAAGUCUUAACUCAUGAUGAGAACCUUAAUUCAUUGGGUACUACAUUUACUCCUUUUUUAGAAAAAAUAUACAUUUAUGUUUUUCUUUCUUCCCUUAGAGUCCAUAGCCUGAUAUGCGUAUUUCCUUCUCUGUAGCUCUUCCAUUGUCCAACUGAACUUUGGAAGUUCUUCUAGAGAAUUAUCUAGCUCUCAGUUUUUUUCAGAUAUUUGCAUUUAUUACUUCAAAAAUUUGAAUUGUUCUAUUAAUGACAUUGCAGGUACUAUUUGAACACUGAACUAAAAAUUGGAGUUUCUUUUCUUAUUUGACAUCUUGAUGUGCCAAAAUCAAGCUCUCGUUAAAGGUCAAACAAAUGGGCAAAAUUUGGGCUCUUUGAUUAGUUUUUUCAGUGUUAAGUGGUGAAUCUACUGUGGUAAAUGGGAGAGCUGAUCCAGUUGAUCUAUAUGCCUUGUGAGGACUAUUUUGUCCUCAAUAAGAAUAUAUGUUCAACAUCACUGUUGGACUUGUGUUGCCCUUAGAUUGAGAUGGUGGCUUCUCUUACAAGAUUGUAGCAGCCUUUUAACUCUCGAAGAGGGGGCCCCUUCAAUUGUGAGUUUUGAGAAGAGCCAAUUGCUGCUACCUUCAUAUCAUUUUGAGGACUGGAAAAGGUGGACCAGUGUCACUCUUAGCAUCUACCACCUAGAACUUUAGCCCAAUGGUGGUUUAUAUGUUGAAAUUCAUCAAGUAUAAAGGCGAGAAGGGUAGUUUCGUUGCCCACAGUUAACUUGUAGGGAGAGAAAUAUUGAGAUCUGUGGAAAUAUUGGCUGGAGCAGCAGAAUCACUCAAUAAUUUUGAUUUUGGAUGGUAGAAUAGGUUGGCGUAAAUUUGGCAAAAAGAACUUAAACAGUUCUUUCACAUCAAAUUAGUUGUUCUGAAGAUUCUUUCCAAGUAAAAAUCAGCUUAUCAUGUAUGCUUGGGCCAUGAAGUAACAAUUCUUUUGAUCGCUGAGGAUGUCAUUUGCAGAUAGAUAUUCAAUGUUGUUGGAAAGAGAAAGAUGCUAGUUGAAAAUAGGUGAAUUGAUGAUGUUGGAAACAAGAUGCAUUUAUUCAUAAGACGAACAAAGGGACAACAAUUUCGAGGAGGAACCCUUUAGCUAGGUUGUGUGUGCAUCAUUACAUGGACAUGUGUGUACCUGAAAUGCUAGUGCUAUAUCUACCUGCCUUCAUAUUUUCUGGGGCUUCUGGAGCUGAUAGAUAGUGUCAUACUUUCUGCCUUAUGUCCAUUUACUUUCUGUUUAACAGAAUUAUGUACAAUUUAUUAUUAGUUUCUCUCCCAAUGACUAAGCCCGUUUGACGGGCUUUUCACUCCAUGUAAAGAAUUAGAAGAUUCUAGCCAAUCUUCUUAUGUUCAAUAUAAUGUAUAUGAACUGUACUGUUUGAUAAGUGCUGCCAUAUAAUUUAGUUGCACACUGUUUCAGCUUCUUUGGUUAUUACUGUAUUCCUGUUGUUAUAGAUGUUUGUAUUGCUGUCAAUAAGUUCUUUGCCUUCGAAAAUUGGUCCUUUCACCUGGUGUUGCACAGAGUCCUGGUGUUGUGCUGAACUAAUGUUGUAAGGCAACUGUCUUUGUUGGUUAGGUAUUAUGAUUUUCAUACUUGAUACUGGACUACUAAAAUAGCAUCUGUAAUUUGAUCCUAAUCAAUGGAUUGUAUAGAUGCUUAUCUAGUAUUUUUCUAUCACAUAGAGAAAAGACAAUGCAGUCUAGAUAUGCUGCUUGUAAUUAUCUUUUCUAAAGCUUGUCUAAGUUAAACGCUAUAUAUAUCUACUAGUCUCUUUGUUAUCUUCAAACAAACAUCAUCGUUUGAUACUAUUACGACAAUAAAUGAUCUCCAAUCCUUUAUAUUGGAGGAAUAAUAAUAUGUAACAUUGGUUGGGUGUAGAGAUUACAUUAUAUACGUCUCUAACCCUAAUAGGCUACAUGUGCUAGGCUAGGUCCAUGACACACAACCAUGAAGAGGACCCAGAUCCUUCAUCACGAACUUUGGUUGAAGUGUGUGUGUUUGUGCAUAUAUAAAAUCUUAGGCACCAUAAUAACAUGACGUAUACAUAAUGGUUCUCUUCAACUUGCAUCUACAUUAUUGACAUAACAUAGGUAUCGUCUAGCUACUUGGUGAAUAAAACUUCAGAGAAUCAUAUUUUGUUGUUUUCAUAUGGUAAAUUCAUAUGUUCUUUCUCUUCAACUUGCAUCUACAUUAUUGGCAUAACAUAGGUAUCGUCUAGCUACUUGGUGACUAAAACUUCAGAAAGUCAUAUUUCGUUAUUUUCAUAUGGUAAAAUCAUAUGUUCUAUCAUUACUUGUCAGGCCAAGUUACUGCCAUAACCAAAGCUAUAAAGGUUUCUAAUUCUUGUAUUGAGGUCUAAAAGUCAGAUCUCCACCAUAUAUAUUUUAUUUUGUAGCAGACUAUUAUGCAAGUAUGAUGAUGAUUCCUUCUCUAGUUUAAUUCUGUAAACUACAUACUGUAGUCAAAAAGUUUUAUGUUUACUUUGUUAAUUACGUCGGCAUGGUUUCUAGUCUUCUUGGAUAUAUGACGAGGACUUCAUUUGUGUUGUGUGUUGCACCAAAGUUAAAUAAGACACUGGAUAUGAUGGAAUAUUUGGGUUUUGGCACUGGCAGCUCUAGCCUGUGUGACUGUAAUCUCACAUCUUGCGGUUCUAAGGUCUGAAUGAUUCUUUUUAGUUUAUUACAGAAGUCUAAGUAUUUGUGGUUCUCUGUAUAUAUUUUGUUUCUAAAUCUACAAGUAUAUUUGCAGCUGCAACUUGCUUUUCUAGAAUACUAAUGCCAACCCUAUAUUUUUUCAGGUUAAACAAAAUCAAAUCCCCCUGUUCAUGUGUUAUGGCAGGGCAUCAUCAUAAUAACACACAUGCCUCCAGGAUGGAUCAUGUGAACAGGUUCCAGAGUGAAGCACAGCCUUUUGGCCCAAAGUUAUUUAUGCAUUCUAGAACUGAUGCAGCAAAUGGAGCUCUACCAUCAGGUUAUGUGGGCGCACCAAUAAGACCAAAUGGCAUUCCAUUCUCAAGUCACACCGGGCAAUCUCAUAUUCAGCACAGUGAUGCUCCUGGAACCAUGCUUGCAUCCUAUUCUGGCUAUCCUCUUGCUGGAAGCUCCAGUAGCACCUAUGCACCACAUAAUACUCAUCAUCUGCCUGCUUUGAGCUAUCCACAUAGGUCUGAUGAUAACUUCAUUCUGAGUUCCCAUAUGGAUGACAGAAGGGUUGCACUGAAGCGGAGAAAUCCAAUUAUUUAUCCAGUGGAUGGAGUCAAUAAUGGGAGCUGUUAUGCUGGCAGUUCAUCUAAUCCUCAGUUCCCAUGCUACAUGCCUCCAAAUCCUAUUCCUGCUCCUGAACCCUGCCCUCCUCGAAUAACAUCAAAUAUGGGUUCAAGCUACUGGACUGAUCAGCCCUUUGGUAGCAAUGGAGGAUCUCAGAGGAAUGUGAGAGGUCGCCAUGAUCACAAUCCUAUCCAUUUGGGACACAAUCCAGGUGUAGCUUGCGCAACAAGCAGCACUCAUGGGCCACCACACCAUGCUAAUGUAAUUGGUCCUCAAAGUACAGCAGUGCCACAAAAUAGAGCAUAUUUUUCUAUACCUCCAAGAGUGACUGCCCCAGGCAGCGAUGGAAACUGUAGCAUGGUUUUCAGGGAAGGGACAUACUACUCUGCUCCGCAGAGGACCAACAUAAAUGCCCCCCCUGUCCUAGCACCUCCUGGUUCUUCUGAUAGUCUACAUUUUGUGCAUGGUGGGUAUGCCCCAAGAGCAGCCCCUCCUAACAGCAUCAGCACAUAUCCUGCCCCGGCUUUUGCGACUCCUAACAACUCAGUGACAGUUACCCAUGAGCCUGAUAUCCCUUGCUAUCGACCUGCCGUCCCUGGCUAUCCGCCUGCUACCUCAGCAGCAGCAGCAGCAGCAAGUGUUCAUGCUGAAGGUGCUGCUGCAUCUUCGAGACAUCUAGGUCAUGUGGCUCUAGGUUCCAGUGGUAGUGCAAGGAGUAGAAGGCUGAGGGAUUCAUACCAUGCUUUUCGUCCACUGGUUAUUGAAGAAAAUAACUUGAGAGGACCAGCAACCGAGCGUUUUAUGAUGCUAAAUCAGUUAUUUAUCCAUGAAUCGAGAGAAGAUUCUGACCCUCACUGGGACAUGAGGCUGGACAUUGAUGAUAUGAGUUAUGAGGAGCUGCUGGCUUUGGGAGAACGAAUAGGCAAUGUCAACACGGGCCUAGCUGAUGAAAAACUUUCAAGCUGUGUGACGGAGAUACCCUGCUGCAGCUCUGCCCGUACUCAUGAUGAUAAUGAGAGCGCAAGAUGUGUAAUUUGCCUGGAGGAUUACAAAUUCGAGGACUCUGUCGGGAAGCUAAAAUGCAAUCACAAGUAUCACGCAGACUGCAUCAAGAAAUGGCUGCAGGUGAAGAACGCUUGCCCAGUCUGCAAAGCUUCUGCGGCAGAUGACGGCGGAGGCACCGAAUGAAGCGCCCUGCCGCCCCCAUUCACCCUAUCUCAGGCGAAGCUGUACUGGCUGAUCUGGUUUGCUGUGUGUAAAUAAUGGUCCUGAAACGGAUUAUUUGUGAGCUGAAUUAAACUCGACAUGUAAAUUUAAUCCUCAAGCUAGUUGCAAAUUGAUGGCAGCGGUUAGCCCUACGUGUCAGCCGUCUGACGUAACUGCAGAGAGAAAACGUUUGCAUGCAUAUGUACAGCUCGAUCCAAUAGAGGUUAUUAAAUGUUAACAAUUUAUUAGUUA